UUGCGUCAUCAGCACGCGUCCUGGUUUUUCACUCACAAGCUUCAUUCCGCGUGUCGCGUGUAAACAUUUCACAUUUACCAUAUACACAUCCACAAUCAGGCAAGAAUGAAACACAAAACCAUCGACGGAAAGGGAGACAAGCAAAGUAAAUCUAAAAAAAUUUUUACAAGUGGUGUCAAAACCAAGAAGAAAUGGGUCCCACAGCACAAACAUUUUGAUGGCAGCCUGGGGGAAGGUCAAGGAUUUGCUUUUAAGAGGAAGCAGAAAGCCAAGAAUGAGUACUUCAAAUUGCUACGGAGGGAGAAGAAGAAAACCCCAGCGCCUAAAAACGUGUAUGAAGACGAGUAUCCAGAACAUCUUAAGCAUCUUUAUUUGGCCGAGAAAGAGCAGCUGAAAAAUGAGGCUUGGGCUAACAGGGUGAAAAGGAGCAAACUAAGAAUGAAAGACAAGGAAGAAGAUCCAAGUGAGGCUGAUGCUGCUCCGCAAAUGGACCAAAAUGAAGAGAACCCAAGUACAUCUGAGGAAGCAGAACCUAACCCUGACACUAAACAAACAGAACCUAGUGAAAAGGAGGAACAGAUGAGCAUUCCUAUGAGCAACAGAAUGCGAAAGAAACUGCUAAAGAAAACAUCAUAUCAGAAAACACAAGAGGAGUUUGAAAAAAUCCAAGAAAAUCGAAGAAAGAAACAAGAGGAGUAUCUAAAGAACAAGCAGCAGCGUGAGGAAGCCAUACAGAAGUACAAACAGAAAAAGAUGGAGACGUAUCAGAUGCUCUGUAAAAAGACAAAGAAAGGACAGCCCAAUCUGAACCUCCAGAUGGAAUAUUUACUUCAAAAAAUUCAAAGAACUGAUAAAUGAUGACUGAAACUUCCAUCAUUUCAGUCCCUGUGAAUUUAGAGUUUAUUUUUUAUUUAUGGUCUCUGGUCAUUCACCUAGGUUUUAAAAAUAGUAAGGUGAAAGUUAUGAUGCCUGUAUUCUCCUGUCAUCAGUGUGAAAUGCAAAUCCAACAGAUCCACUGGAUUUAAACCACAAAUUAUUUUAUACAGAGGAUGGCAUAAAACCAGCACAAAAAGAUUGUCCCAAAGGGUUAACUUAAACCACAUUGCCCAUAUAACCUUGAACAUGCAGUACCAUUCAUCUCUUUUUUUCAUUUGUAAAGCAGCAAUAAACAGUGUGACACUGCCCUAUCUCCUGGGUAAGUCUUAAAAUCAUCUGCCUAUACUAGCCCAUAAAGACAAGCUUGAAAUCUGUUUCACCCUUUUAAUAGCCUACAUACUCUUGUUACUCCUAAGUAUUGCUAAUUUUGUGGUUGUGGACACCCUUAGUUUGAAAUUGGUUUGUAAUGAGAUGUUAAAUUUGAGUUUUAUGCUGUUUCUUCUGAUAAAUGUCCUAUGGCCUUGAGGGUUGUGUCGCCAUAGCUACAAUGCACACGUGUUGCUUUUUUAAAGGGCUGGUUGUGCAGCCUCCCUCACAUCAGGAGCACCGUCUGGACGAAGGCUGGAACGCCUUGGGCUGCUUCCUCCUGACAUCACAUGGUUUCAGAGUGACUUUCCAACAUUCGUCUAUGAAGCAGAACUCCACAAACCAAGAACUUGACCAAUGUGCUUUAUGUGGCUGCAUAAAAGGGCUUAAUAUUUACAAAUUACCAAGGUAUGGAUAUUUUUCUGUUUUAUCAUUAUAAUAUUUUAUAUGCCAGCUCUCUGUAUACUAUGACCUUGCCUGUAUAAUAUAACCAAGAUAUAUUUUCAGUUUUGUUAUUGAGUGGUUUAAGCUACACCUAACAACAUUAAAGAAUUUGUGCUUAUAUCAGUGUAGC